AUGGUACCUUCUCUUCUACAAAACGUAGAUGCUUUUUCUGAACAGGAUAAUACUGUAAUAGUGCAAAUACCACUAAAUCAAGUUUGUUCACAAAUUGACGAUCAACCUCAAGCUUCCUCAGACACCUCGUUACGUGCACCACAUUCUUCAAAAGUAUCUUCGCCGCUUAAACUCAGUUAUAUUCCUGAACCUAUUUCAGAAUUAGAGGAGGACAUUCAACUUAGCAAUACCGAAAAUAUUGUAGUAAAUGAUAACGAUGCCGAAAAAGAGGUCUUAGAAUCACCUAAAGAAAAAUCUAGCAGUUCAGAAGAGAACUUUCUGAAAUAUGGAUCUAUUGAAUUAAUGACGAACGAGGGUCAACAAGAAGACCUUUUUGAUCCCAUAAACCACCUCAAAGAAUUAUUACAAGAUCAAGCAUCCGAACAAGACAAUGUUCUAGAGGUUCAGUCGCAUUCAUUUGAUACGUCAUCUGACAUUCCUUCAAUAACGUCUACCGACGCUGAAUGGCAAACUUCAAAUGCGUCUGAAGUAUCUUUACCCCAUUCAGACGCAAUAAACUUAACGUUAAGAAAGAGGCGCGUACCACCUGUAGCGUUAAUUUCUGCAGAUAUUAGGCAAGUAAGGAGCUGUGUGCAGAGAACUAAUGCUUAUGCUGCCAAAUUUGAGUUGCUAAGCCAGGAAGAUACUGGACUACAUUUAUGGCUUAAUUUGAAUAAGGAAAAAGAACCUCCGUUGCCUGUAAAAAAUUAUAAAAAAGGAAAUGGAACUUUGCCAACUCUUGCGAGUACAGCAGCAAAUAAAAUUUAUUCUAGUCCUAAUAUAGCCGCUAAUGCUAGCAGCCAACCAGUCUUGCCAAUCUCGCAAACGCUUAAUAGUUCUGCUGACAGUGAUACACUUGAUUCAUCGGCUUCCUUAAGUUCAUCCAAAUCUUCCAAGUCAUCUGUUUCAUUGCGAACAUCCUUUGAUAUGAGUUCAUUAAGAAGUCGACAAUCAUCUCCACCGAUAUCACCUAAAUUCAAAGCUUCAAACUUUGCAACUCUUGCCAACCUGAGCCGACACGGAAGUUCUAACAAAUCUAAUCGAACCCCUAUUAAUAUGCCCCCACCUAUGAUGAACGAUCCUGCUAAUAAUUCUCCAAUGAAUUCGCUAAGAUCGAAGAGCUCACGUCAAAGAAGAUUUAGUUUUCAAUCCGUUUCUUCUAGAUUUAGUUUUGGAUCAAAUUCACCAUCUUCCAUUUCUAAUUCUAUUGAAGAAAAUAACGAUGCUAGUUUGUCUGGUUUGGUUGUAGAUGAAGUUGCUUUAAAUAAGUUAUGUGAUGUUUUGCCGUACGAGGAUAGAGAAGUGUUGGCCAAAUAUCUGCGAGAAGCAGGCGGAAAUGACGAGCUAAUGGCGGUUAGCCUCUAUAUGAGAGAUUUAAAAAACGGUGAUAUUUCAUGA